CACCUCACCAUCCUAGAACACAGUGCUUCUUCCUACCCAGAUGCCCCAGUCUUCAGAGUCCCCCAAUCUGAUCUAUUAACUGGUCAGGUACAUGAUUGGUCGUCAAUAACUUACUCCCAGUUCAAGCAUGACGUCAAAUUCACUGCUCAUUAUUGGCAUCAGGUGCUCAAGUCCGACAGUGUGUCAGAGAAUUCUGUUGUGGGUUUAUGGCUACCGGGAAUGGCAUAUCAGGAUGUUCUCCACAUUUAUGGCCUUUUGCAAGCUGGAUAUGUCCCUCAGCUCUUCAGUAUUCAUUUGCCAAAUCCUGACAUUGUGCUUGAACUGCUCACAAAG